UGCGAAACAAUAGAUUUACGUUGACACCCACGAACGUGUUCAAACGUACUUAAAAUUUAGUUAAAUAUAAACCCCAAAUAACCGGCUUCCGGAAUGGCUGAUUCCCGUCGUCGUUUCCGUAACAAGAAGCGGGAUGAAUCUUGCUCCGGCCUCCUGACACCCGUGACCAUCGCCCGGCGCGAGGACUCCACCCGCAUGAUGCAGCCAAAAAUUCUGCUAAAGAAGGAUCGCGAUCGGGAGCAAGAGACCUGGGACAGAGAGCGGGACAAGGAUCGGAAGCUGGAGAGGGACAGGGAGGCGGAGUCGAGUCCCAGUUGUUACCCCGAUACACCGCCGACCAUCAAAACGAUGAUCGUCAAUCGUACGAGUGAGGUGCGGCCUGCAGACAGGUGCCAGAUGCCGUUGGCUGGAGGUGCUCUUGGCCAGGGAAGCGGGCAAUUGUCCGCCGUGCCAUCUAGCUCCGUUUGCUCCGCAUUGGUUAGCUCGGAACCAACUAGCAGGGACAAGGGGAGCUGCAGUGGUGGUGCCAGAACCGCUGGCACCUCGGCCGGAGCACCGAAUGCUCUUCAGGAGCAUCAGCCGCCACGCAUGAACCGUCCCACACCCCUAAUCGUGGCCAAUGGCAUUUUUAAUGCCAAUGCCCGCAAGCUCUUCCACAAAACUAAUACGGACUUCACCGUCAUCGGGGUACUGGGUGGUCAGAGUUCCGGGAAGAGCACGCUGCUCAAUCUCCUGGCCGCUGAGCGGUCUCUGGACUACGACUACUACCAACACCUAUUCUCUCCAGAGGCGGAUGAAUGCAUCUUUGCCACCCGUCACAAGUUUAAGCCAAACAAUGGGCAGAAGAGCAUUUUGCGACCACGCACGGAGACCCUGCAGUUUUUCAUCACCCGGGAACGUCACAUACUGCUGGACACACCACCGUUAAUGCCUGUGAGCAAGGAGUCGGAUCACCACGAUCUGCACUCCCUGGGCACCAUGGCGCAACUGUUGAGUGUAUGCCAUAUACUAAUUUUAGUCAUCGACGGCUUGGCCUUGGAGCAACUGCGUCUGAUAAACACUGCCCUUCGCCUUAGACCGACGUUUCCCUGCAAAGGCUAUGUGCGGGAUUACUUGCCGCAGGUGGUAUUCGUCCGCACGCGUGCCCAGCGAAUCGACUUUGAGAUACAGCAGCGGGAACGACUGGACAAAAAGUUGGCCUACUUAUACGGGCCGACGGGGCUGCCCAUAUACCGGGGAAAAGGCGAUGCACGGUGCUUAAACUCCUUCCUGCUCCCGGAGGUGAGUAGCAACAAAGCCACCGCUUUCCACUGCUGCCUCGGAGAACUGGUGCGUCAGUUCCGAGAACGUAUUCUCGGAUCCACGCGCAUCUCUAUGUGCCACACCAGCACCGAACUCAGUGAGGCCAUCUGGUUUGAGAUCCUGGCCGAAAGUGCUCGCAAAACGGCUCCUCAUUUCGAAAAGAUCUACGCAGAGAUCAAGUUGCGCCACCUGGACACACGCUGCCAGUGGCGAUCGGACAAUAGGCGCACGUUCUCUUCCAAUGCCGAAAGCUGAUCCACAGAUUGUAAGUAUGCGGUUGGUAUAAAACUAUGCAAGUGGGUGAAGCGGCUUGUACUGGGAUACGCAAAGCACGGAUUGCUGUCCUGAACCAUUCAAGUGAUUAAAGUUCCAGUGUCAGUGCUUACCAAUCCUUUUAUUAAUGACACGUGCAGUGCUAUGGCCAAUAUGUUUCGCUGAAUACCGACCGACAUCAAGUCUUUUUUAAAAGGAGGUGUUUAAAGUUAACAUAUGAAUCAGAAGUUGAGAUAGUGACUGAUAUACAUAUUGUUUUAUAGACAUAUCCCUUAUUAAUAAAAGACUUUAAAAAUAAUUGUGUAGCAUUCACAAAGAAUAGUAUUUACAUUUUUUAGUUAGGCUUAACGAUUGUCGAUUUUUAUCAACCGAUUAUUAUUACACCUAUCGAAUUCGUAGGUAUCGAUUUAAAGCCAAUAGUAGUUGAAUAAAUAAAAACUAUUUAUCUUAA